AUGGAUGACAGACUACUUCCACCCGAGUAUGCCAACCGUUAUAGCACUGCGACUUCUCGUAUCCCCCGGUUAGGCUCUUCGCCCAGGACACCCCGGCCUCCCAAGAUCUCCGUGAUUCCCGAGGUGACGGGUGCUGCGAUGUCGCCAGAGCCCAAACCGGCUGAGGGCGACGAGAAUGAGGGCAUUUUCCCAUAUGCCUGGUAUGACCCUCGAGGCUGGUCAAUGCGCAAAAAGCUGCUGGUUGCGCUGGGAUUAGCGAUAUUUAUCACCGUGGUUAUUGUCGGUCCUUAUUAUGGUGUCAAGCUCAGCCGCUAUCCGGACUAUACACGCCUGGACUAUAGGCUUGUUGACAGCUACGAGGGAACUUCAUUUUUUGAACAGUUCAACUACUUCUCGGGCGAAGACCCCACGAAUGGGUUUGUGGUCUACGUCAACGAGCAAGCCGCGCAGGAUCUCAACUUGACCUACGCCACCGAUAAGUCUGCCGUUCUCCGCGUGGACUCCUUCACGCCCAAGGCUGUGGGCGGCCGCAACUCGGUCCGCAUCGAGUCGAAGAAUACCUAUGAUACAGGUCUCUUCGUUUUUGACAUCAUUCACACCCCCUACGGUUGUGGUACCUGGCCAGCUCUGUGGCUGACAGAUGGAUACAAUUGGCCUAAUAACGGUGAAAUUGAUGUCCUGGAAACGACCAACGAGGGAUCUCAUGGUAAUGAGGUCACUCUGCACACCACCAAGGGCUGCAAUAUGGACGUCAAGCGGAAGGAGACUGGCUCGCCGGUGUACAAGUCUUGCGAUAACACCACGAAUAGCAACUCGGGUUGCGGCGUUAUGGGCGACGAGUCCACCUAUGGAGAAGCUAUGAACAACAAUGGCGGUGGCGUCUACGCACUCGAGCUCCGAGAAGCUGGCAUUCGGGCCUGGUUCUUCCCCCGAAAUUCCAUUCCGGACGAUAUCACCAACUCAUCCGCCGUCCCAGAUCCCUCCACCUGGGGCACCGCGCUUGCCGAUUUCCCCAGCACAGAAUGCAAUAUCCCGUCGCACUUCCGCAAUCAGAGCAUCAUUGCUAAUAUUGAUAUGUGCGGUGAACUAGCUGCCCAGCCCCAGUACUAUGAUCAGAUGUACAAGUGCCCCGGGACAUGUUCAGAUUUCGUGGCGAAUAAUCCCUCUGCAUUUGAGGAGGCGUAUUGGGAGUUUGCUGGAUUUCAGGUGUAUCAGGCUAUUUGA